UGAACAAAGAAGACGACGACCGCCACCACCACCCCCGCCGGCGGCAGAGCCGCCUGAGGGCGGCGAUGGAUCUCGCCGCCAAUCCAAAGGUCUACGGCGUCGUCGUCCUCCUCAUCCUCUCCUUCAUCCUCGGCUUCCUCUACCGCGACAAUUACUCCCAGGCGCCGCUCCUCCUCUCCGCCGCCACCGUCACGGCGGCGGACGCCGAGCUACACCACAAAUUCCCCACCAAAUGCGCGGAGGCGGUGCCGCCGGCGAAGGUCCGCGAAACGAUCAUCCAAAACGUGUUCCACGGCGAGUCGCCGUGGACCGGAUUCCCGCCGGCGCACGCGAAGCCGCUGCUGCUGGAGAAAUUCGCCGUGGGGUGGGGGUCGAACGCCGCCGUGUUCGAGCGGCUGAUCCGACGGGUCCGGCCGAGGACGAUCAUCGAGGUCGGGACGUAUCUGGGAGCGUCGGCGAUCCACAUGGCCGGAAUUGCAGAAAAAUUAGGGCUGGAGGGCGUCCAGAUCCUGUGCAUCGACGAUUUCCGGGGAUGGCCGGCGCACGCCGACGCCGGAAAAGUGAUGGAGAUGGUGAACGGCGACACGAUGCUGCUGUACCAGUUCAUGCAGAACGUGGCGGCGGCGAACGCGACGGAGUCGGUGGUGUACCUGCCGUUCUCGACGACGACGGCGAUGAACGGGCUGUGCUCGUGGGGGGUUUACGGCGACCUGGUGGAGAUCGACGCCGACCACGAGUUCCACUCGGCGUGGGUCGACAUUAACAACGGCUACAGGGUUGUACGGAAGCCCGGGGGGGUGAUGUUCGGGCAUGAUUAUAAGUGGGAGGGGGUGAGGAGGGCCGUGCACUUGUUUGCGCGGCUCCAUGGACUCGGGGUCCGGAGGGACGGGGAGCACUGGGUUUUGUAUUGAUAUUGAUAUUUUCUUCAAUAUUAUUAUUAUUAUUAUUAUAUAAUUAAUUAAUUAGAUUUAAUUACGGGUUAAUUGGUCUGUUUUGAUCCGUUAGUUUCGCACGUGUGCGCUUCUUUUGCGUAUUUUUGUAGUUAAUUUUGGGCAUUUUAA